CCGACAGACCAGCCCAUGACGUAGUCUCGACACAGACGUACUCGUAGACAGUCAGAAUGUCGGGAGCAUCGAUUUCCUACCCCCACCAGCACGGGUUCUCCUCCUCGGCAAGUACGGAGCUGCACGCCGAAGCUCAGUCGAGGACCGAACAGCGGUCAGCAAAGUUCGCGAUGGCGACGUGUUACCCUGCGUAUGAGUUGUCUCCUCCACAGAGGACGGUGCAAGUGCCUGUGCAGAAGGACUAUUCCCGGCCGCUGCACGUCGACUGCAGCGUCGAAUACGAGCUGCCCAACACGGCCAAGCCACCGCAGGGGGUCCGCAACGAACCUCUUCUCAUGAUCCACCCGUGCUACUUCCGCAAAAUCGAGAGCCAGCGGCGGAGCCCCUUCGUCAACAACCUGCCGCCGCGGCAGCCCCAACCCGCCACCGCCGCCGCCAAGCGGCGGGGCGCCCGCCACCAACAGCCGCAGCCUCAGCCGGCCGCCCAGUACCCGGUGCAGUACGCCGCCGACCGCCAGCUGUGGGAGCAGAUGCCCAACCUGGUGCCCAUCUCCCAGGCCUACUGCAAGAGGGACCAGCUGGUCUCGGCCUGCGGCACCUACAGCAGCUCCGGCAGCGACUCGGGCCACUGGACCGACCCGGACCGCAGCCCGGAUCGGCCCGAGGACAAGCACAUCCUCUCCGGCAAGUACCGACAGUACUUGAGGGCCCACAGACUGCACCCCUACGUGACUUCUGCCAUACCGCUGGCCUCUACCUUUCCGCAGAUCCAGCAGGUGUGCUACAACGUGUGAUCGCUGUGAUAUGAUUAUGCCGAUUUCGACGACUUUUGUACGGAUCCUUUCGUAGCAUCUGUGGUGUCCGUAACCCUUCUUGUGAUAAUAGUGUGUAAUUCUGUGACGGAGAUGAAAGAGCGCAAGCGUCGUGCUCCGGGCGUGGUAGUGAUUCCUCCACAUCAGCUGUGUUUGUGCAACUGCGACCUAACCGCCGUCUAUUUGGAUUUCUCGUUCUCUUUUGGAUUAUCCUGUCUCGCCGCCAAUUGCGUUACUGUUGCUAAGGAUGCCCAGGCGUAUGCGACACGAUCCUCCCCAACACCGAAACCCCGAACUUACGAGACACCUCUCUCGCCAAAGCCGCUUUCGAUUGAUAGUCGUCCUUCCGCAAAAACCUAACAUUCAUGGAAUAGACCACAUAGACGAGAUCACUCACGAUAUAUAAUAACAUUCCUUCUUCUUCUUCUUCUCCUCGUCCGAAAGCGAUUAAAUUUUUGCCAUUUUUUCAAAAUUCUCGAAUCUUUACUUGAUGCCAAACGUUUUGCGGAAGUAGAAGCCUAAAACCUUUUAAGUUUGCGGUCUAUCAAUCACGUACUCACCACCUAAUUAGAUGUACGCGUCAUAGCUAUUAAAUAAAUGCUUGUUCCACGUAAUAAUUAGAAAGGCUUAGAGCGCCGUCGAUCUAAUCCAUGUUUGGUCCGCUUUUGUGGUUGAAAGUUCCAGUGUCAUACUACGUUUAGUUGUAAGGUAUAAUUUUGAUUCUGUACAUAUUCGUGUUGCUGUUUUCCAAAGUUGUAAAUUUCGUGUCCCGGUUAGCCCCAAUCAGCGAUUAUUUAUGGAAUAAUAAAAUACAAUAGCACGCAUCUUUCAAAUUUACAGCCGACUUUGCGAUUUGUAAAUUUGUCGUCGGGCCGUUAGUCUUGAAAAAAUUCCUGUAUAAUUUUAUGCUAUAAUAUGUAAAUUGCGAUGUCCGUUGCCAGGCCAAAUCUGCGAAAAAAGAAAAUCAAUAGACGGGUUUGCAAAUCGAGUCCAACAGGAAAGAGUAAAUAGAACUGAUAACGAAAUAGAAGUGACAACAGAGUCCGCUUUUUCAGCGGAUUUAUUUAUUAAUAUCGCUGUUAUCACAUGAAAUAUUUACGUUUUAUGUUGAUUAUUUAGAUAGGAAGUUAAAUAUUAUUUCCUGUGCAUACAGCUGUUACAUGUAAAAUUAGACAAGUCUAGCGUAACCUUCUGUCUUUCACUAGUUUUAGGAUUAGUGUUUGUAACAUACACCAAGAAAUUCUCCACGGCAGAAUAUUUACGGGUUUUAAUCGGUGUUAUAGCAUAUAGACAAUACAUUUUCUAAGAAUCAUUUUUGUACAAUAAUGACUUACUCAAAUUUUGGAAACGUGUCGCAAACGCUUGGGGUCGACCUUUUGUAACAAUUUUCGAUGACCUUCACGUUGUUUGUUGUUGAAUCAUCAGAAAUGAAAUUAAUUAUUCAGAAACUUCCGUCGGAUGGAAGCACGCAGUCAUGGAAGAUUGUUGUUUAGUGAUUUUGAGGGUAUUGUCCCGUAAUCUUUCUUUGUGAAUCGACUGAUUUUUUUUUCUUUGUAAUUAGUUCGAAGGGAAAUGUAGAUAAUUUCGUUACCGAAUUGUACAUUUGUAAUUUUUUUAAGUUGAUAAUGGUAGCAUUCCGUUGAUUUAUAUGAACAAAAACUUUCGAAAAUGCCAAUUGUGGGGUCGCAAAUUGAUGAUGCCAUAUUGAUUAAGUGCCGAGAGCAUUUCAUGUAAUUAUCAUGCGUUGCAUCAUUCCAAGGACGAUUCGGUGUCCUCGGAACGGUGCAGCACUCUUCGUAUUUAUCACAGUAUACCAAAUAACCUAACUAACUUAUUAUAUGUACAAAAUUCGAGUGGCAGAACUUGCCGGCUUAAAAAUUUCAGGGUAUAAAUCCUCGGAAAAGAACUGAAAAACUAUUUUAAAAUAUUUUUGACUCGUAGAUUUUAUUUUUGUAGCUCGAACUCGUAUCAAAUCGUUCGACUAGACUUAUUUCGGGGGAUGUUUUGGGCCGGCAUCUUCUCCCGCAAUCAAUAGUAAAGAUCUGAUUAAAAUUUAUUCGUUCUAUGGCUACUACUAGACCAAAGAAAUAUCUAUCAACUGUAUAUAUAAAACUGAAAAAAAACCUAAUCGGCUACAGGCCUGUAUUCCUGUGCCGGUUUGAAAAAAAUUGUGAAUAUGUAUAAAAUAUUGCUAUAUAUAUUGUACAGCUAGUCAUAGUGAAAAUACGCUUAUAAAAUAUGAAUAAAACGUGUUACUGUUUUUAUAGAAUGAA